AUGUCCAACAAUUGCUGCUCUGGAAAUUUCUCUUCUAGUUCCCCUGGGGACUACCUACACCACCGCUCAGAUUGGUCCUGCAGCACUUAUUACCCGGGCAGUCUCAUCUACAGCACUGACUUCAUCUCUCUCAAGCCCUACCAACUUGAUUCCUCUCUCCACAGUACCUACCAGACCUGCUAUGAGCCCACCAGGUGCCAGACAUCUUGUGUGGUGCCGAUAUCCUGUCAGACAUCAUGGUACAACCUGAGACCCUUCAUGUUUCCUAGUCCCUCCCAGUCAACUUGCAGUCACCCAAGAGCCUCCAUGCUCUGCAGUUGCUCUGGGUCAACUUACACUGAGUCUCGGGUCUCUGGGUCUGGCAGUUGCUGCUUCCCAGGCUUCGGAUCCAGAAGCUGCAACUCACAGGACUGUGGAUCUCAGGACUUCAGAUCUCUGACCUAUAGAGUUUGUGGCUUCCCUUCCCUGAAUGCUGGUUCCAGGAUCUGCCGCCCCGCCCACUUCACCUCCAGAAGCUGUCAAUCAUCAUGCUCCAAGCCCAUCUUUGGAUAUGGCUUCUAUCAGUCAGCCUAUUAA